AUGUCGGUCUCCAACCAGCGGCCAAUAUGCUACGCCGUCAAUGCCCUCCGUGACAUUCUACUCGGUCCGCGUCAAUUCUACGAGCUGUCCCCCGAAGCUAUCUCCUCGCUAGUCUCUUCUCCCGAUCCUGUGCGGAAUAUCGAUCCGUCCAACCCAUCCUCCCAUCUUUCGCAACUUCUGAUUCCACGUCCUCCUGGCACUGAGAAUAACACCGCUGUCAAAGAUUACCUCGUGUCUACACUGAAGGGCCUGAAUUGGCACGUAGAGGAAGACGCGUUUUCAGAUGUGACACCGUAUGGAACGAAGCGUUUCACCAAUGUCAUUGCUACCAAGGACCGCUCUGCCCCUCGUCGCGUGAUAGUCGCGGCUCACUUUGACAGCAAGUAUUUCCCAAACUACCCUCAGAGUUCAUUUGUAGGUGCCACAGACUCUGCAGCACCAUGCGCGUUCAUGCUUGACCUUGCCGAGACGUUGAACCCAUUUCUGGAGCAACGGCAGGAGAGGCUGGAGGCUGGCGAGGAAGACGAUGAAGACGUCGCCGAGACUACACUCCAGCUCGUCUUCUUUGACGGGGAAGAGGCGUUCAAGGACUGGACUGCCACUGAUUCGAUAUAUGGCGCCAGACAUUUGGCACAGAAAUGGGCGAACACCUAUGUAGAGCCUAACACCAAGAGACGUCUGCUCCCAUCGUACGAGACGGAGCUGUCCACGAUCGAGCACUUGAUUCUACUCGAUCUACUCGGCGCACCCAAUCCGCAGAUCCGCUCGAGCUUCAUGGACACUGCCUGGCUCUUCGACGCGAUGGCGUCCGCCGAGCAGCGUCUCGGAGCGAGCGGGGCGUUUGCAUAUGACGGUGCCCAAUCUGCGGACAAGUGGUCAAGUUUCUUCGUCCCACGCCAUCGUCUGGUGAACUCCGGAGGAAUCGAGGAUGACCAUAUCCCGUUUCUGAGGCUGGGAGUCAGUGUCCUACAUGUCAUAGCAAAUCCGUUCCCGUCCGUCUGGCACACACUUAAGGACGAUGUUACGGCUCUGGACGUACCCACGAUGCGUCGCUGGAAUCUCAUCCUUCGCGUUUUUGUGAGUGAAUACCUCGGACUUCGCCCGAAGAUAGCGUCAAAAUCGGAUUCGUCUGACGCUGUCGAGGAGAUGCGCCGAGUAGCUGACGAACUUGUGAGGGAUUCGUGA